UUUUUAUUUUUAUCUGUUUAGCAAAAGACAAAAAACGAGAAGAUUUAGUACGGUUAGGAAUUUACGAAUCAAUAGGUUCUGACUUGCAUUAUUACUUCAUUGAAAAUAUCAUAAGAAGAAAAAUGACCGAACAGAUAUUAACAGAACGUCCAGAAGUUCGUUUGGAUUUUAACAAAUUAAAACAGAGAGCGCUCGAUUUACAUGCGAAAAUCGAUGAGAUGACGAACCAUAAAAAAAACGCUUAUCAUUUAAUAAAAGAAUUAAAAAGUAUCGACCACCAAAUCAAUAAUUUUGCUCAAGAUUAUUUCCAAGAUGCCCACUAUUGGAACACCUUCCAUAAAAUUCGCAAAGACAUUUUAAUGCGUCGAAACAUUAUUUGCACAACGUUAAAUAGUUGCUUUCGUUUAGGGGAGUACGGUUUAAAUAUAGAUUGUUGUAUAAUUGAUGAGGCUAGUCAAAGUAAAGAAACGGAAACUUUAAUACCUUUAAGUUUGGGCAUUGAAAAAAUUGUUUUAAUUGGAGAUCCAAAACAAUUACCGGCCGUAACACUCAGCAAAUACGCAAAAGAUUUAGGAUAUGGUCAAUCACUUAUGUCGCGAUUAAAAAAAGCUUUUAUAUCCGAAACGAAGCAACCAAUAACAAUGCUUGAUUUACAAUUUCGAAUGCAUCCGGAAAUUUGUUUAUAUCCCAGUGAAACUUUUUAUGAAGGAAUGUUAAAAACGGCAUCGAUUUGUAAUAAACGCGGUGGUUUAGAUGGAUUGGCUCCUUAUUAUGUUUUAAAUAUAAACAAGAAUCAUCCAGCUAAUGAGCGAUUAGAAAACGGUUAUUAUAACGAAACCGAAAUUAAUUGCGUUGUUAAAUUAUUAAAGGCAAUAAACGAUACUAUCGGUCAUAAAACCGAUAAAUUUUAUACAGUUGGAGUCAUAACGCCUUAUAAUAAUCAACGUAAAGAUUUAUUGGUGGAAAUUAAAAAACUAAGGAUGCCAAGUAUACAAAUUACUGUGAAUACAGUCGAUAGUUUUCAAGGAUCAGAAAAAGAUAUUAUUAUAUUAUCCUGUGUUCGACUGAGAGCGAAUUCAUUUUUAAAUGACGAACAACGUUUAAAUGUUUCUAUAACAAGAGCUAGAAGAGUUCUUUAUGUUGUUGGCACAAAUCCGUUAUUUGAUACUUGUUCAACGUUAAAAAAUUUAAAAGAAAAUGCCAAAACCAGAAAUUUAUACUUGAACUUAUCGGAUGUAAGCGAAACGAUUUUAAAAAGUAUCAUUGUGAGACGGCCCCAAUAAUGCCAUAAACAUACCUUGUAUUAUAAUUUUAAAUUAAGUUUAUUCGGUAAUAUUUUUCGAAGUAAGUACUAAUUUAUUUUUUCAUUUUGAUGUAAUAUACAUAUAUGUACAGGGUGAAUCAAACAAUACUUUUCAAAAUGAAAUAUGAUUCGCAUUAAAAAAAUUUUUUGUUGAUUUUUUGU